UGCCUGAACCUCAACAAUACACAUCACUUGCCCGACCUUCAACAACGCGCUCAACAGCCCGAUUUUGGUCUAUAGACUUACGCGACGACACCGCGACGACACCGCGAAACUCCUGCGCCCACUUCGACUAAUCAAAUCUUUCCCCGACGAACAAGAAUCGCUUCGCGACCGACAUCACGAUGGCUACCCCCAUGAGCACAAACUCCCAAGAGGACGCCGCGAACAAGAAGCUUGAGCAGAUUACCUUUCGCUUUUGCUCCGAAUGCUCCAACAUGCUCUACCCCAAGGAGGAUGAAGAGACCCAUCGCCUCCAAUUCACCUGCCGAACCUGCCAGUUUACCGAGGAGGCCCAGUCUACCUGCGUCUUCCGCAACGUCAUGAAUAACGCCGCCGGUGAGACGGCCGGUGUCACACAGGAUGUCGGUUCGGAUCCUACUCUUCCACGAUCAAACAAGGAAUGCCCCGUCUGCAAGGGCGGCGAAGCCGUCUUCUUCCAGUCUCAGCAGCGAAGCGCCGAGACGGGCAUGAAACUGUUCUAUGUCUGCUGCGAUUGCGGUCACAUCUUCCAGUAAAAGAGACGACCUGAUGAAGAUACCCCAAGAUUGUUCUAGAGGAGGUUGCCAUGCAUUGUAAGGAGUAUUCUGGCGUUUUGAGCUUUCGAUUGGGAAAGAAAAAAGGCCAUGGGGCCACUGUUUUUGUCUUUAGCCAUCAUAUACACCAUUGAAUUACAUCUCCUUCGAAGGGGAUUAAAUAUUCUUUACCAUUACUCUUUGUUCUUGAUUGAUAGUGACCUUUUGACUUGUGACUCGACUCGACUCGACUUUCUAAAUGGGGGUUUUUUUUUUUUUGUUUUUUUUUUUUU